AUGGCGAUAACAGAGCCUGGCAUGGCUGCGAAAAGCAAAAAAGAAGCUGUUGACGGUGGGCGAGAGGUGAGCUCGGCGGGUCCAGACGGCUCCAGUCUGGAAAAGGGAGAAAAAGCGGAAGUGGAAUGGAAGCCUGGGAAGCAGGAGUAUGCCGUGAUGCUCACGCUUGCAGUCAUCUCACUGAUGGUGGCCCUGGACGCAACGAUCCUCGUCUCAGUUCUCCCAACAUUAGCACUCGACCUUGGCGGAACAGCAACAGAUGCGUUUUGGGCGGGGACGUCGUACUUGCUAUCAUGUGCGGUGUGCCAACCCUUCAUUGCCGCCCUCUCGGACAUCUUUGGCCGCAAGGAGAUGCUCCUCACCUCUGUGCUGUUCUUCACUCUGGGGACAGUCUUGUGCGCGCCCGUUGCCAAGGACUUUACCGUCUUCUUUGUCGGCCGCUCGGUGCAAGGCAUAGGCGGAGGCGGGAUAAUCACCAUGGGACAGGUCAUCUUCGCCGAUAUUGUCCCGCUACGGCAACGUCCCAAGUACUUUUCUCUCGUUCUGGCUGCUUGGGCGCUGGGCAGUGUGCUGGGACCCUUGAUCGGGGGCUUGUUUGUUGAACACGUUAUCUGGACGUGGUGUUUCUACAUCAAUUUUCCCUUCUGCGCCUUGGGCCUGGUUCUGACCCCGCUCUACGUCAAUCUCACCACCAAGAAGACCUCGCUCAUGUCAAAGCUUGCACGCGUUGACUGGGUAGGCGGUCUAUUCUUCAUUGGUGGCAUGACCAGUUUUCUGGUGGGAAUAUCCUGGGCGGGCAUCCAGUACGAAUGGAGAAGCGUCCAAGCAAUAACGCCCAUGCUUGUCGGGGUCUUGGGUGUGGUUAUUGCUGUCAUAUGGGAGUGCUACGGCGCCAGAGAACCCUUCCUCCGCCCAUCCCUCUUCUGCUCAACUUCGGCGCUCGCCACUUACGCCUGUGCCCUCUUCCAGGGAUUCAUUCUCUUUUGUGCCCUCUACUACAUACCCUUUUACUUCACUGCCGUCAAAUUCAAGGGGCCGACCCAAGCUGGCUUAGAUAUUUUCCCUGUGACCUGCCUUCUCCUCCCCGGAAGCAUUGUCAUCUCUUUCCUUACAACCAGGUUUGGUCGCUACCGAUGGGCCAUCUGGAGCGGCUGGGUCAUUACCGCCAUUGGAUGCGGUCUUUUGGCGCUCCUGGAUGAACACACCAAGACGCCAGUCUGGGCCGUUGUACUCGCCAUAUUCGGCAUUGGCCACGGGAUGCUCCUCACCAGUGUCAAUGUCGGCAUCCAGGCCGUGAGCAAAGUCGAAGAUGCCGGGCGCGCGGCUGCCAUGUACGCCUUCAUGCGCACUCUCGGCAUGUCAAUCGGAGUAGCUAUCGGGGGCACCGCGUUCCAAAAUGCCAUGAGCAACAAGCUCGAUAGUCUCGGCCUGCCGGAGAGCAUCGGGCACAAUGCCGAAGCCUUUGUCAAGACGCUGGUUCUGAUGCUUCCGACAGAUCCCAUCCGCAUAGGCUCUCUGCAAGCGUAUGUCGCAGGAUUCCACACGGUCUACUGGACCAUCACGGGAGCUGCAAUUGCCGCCUUUUUCAUCAGCCUGAUAAUCAGACAACACAGCAUGGACAAAUUGCUCGAGUCCAAUUUUGUAUUGCACGGUGCUCGAAACCCCGUCGCCAACGGCAAGGCUUCAGCAUCGGCCUCAACCAAUCCCAACCCCUCUAAGGGAGGCGGAUCCAUAGCACACGGGGGGCUGCAGGAGAAAGGCUCAGCAAGCUGCAGCCGGAUGCCGUCCACGUUUGACACGGAUACCACGAGCACCUUCUCGGCAGCCAAGCAGUCAGAGUACUCGCGGCCGGAGAACCGAGAAAGCAGCCUCGACGGCAUCGACAGCGAAGGGUUUGCCGAGGAGUUGGCUGCUGUGGCGUACUAUAUCGAGCCCGGCGGCAAACUCGUCCCCGUGGAUAUCCUCUCGGUUUGUGCAUCAACAUCAAGUUCUCAGGCCGCCUCCAUACACGAGGUUGAGAAUGAGAAGCCUGAUGACGGGCCCUCAGACACACCCGCGGCCGGACGUCCAGAAGCGGUUCAAGUAGUAGCCGACGAGUGCAGAGACGACGCUAGUCCCGAGGUGCUAUGCGAGAGGGUUUGCGCGUCGAGACAGGUGCGUCCAGACGCGGCUGAGCAUGAGGCCAUGUUUGCUGAUUUGGCGCCGGCGUGGAUGCACAGAACUUGA